AUGGCAGUCUCUACUUCUCCUACUGCACUUUCCGCGAACGACGCACGAGUGUUAAACGCGCUCUUCGAUCCGGAGACCCUGCCAUCAUCCGUCGCAAAGUCAAAAGACGCAACAGCAAUCAACACAUCACUGCCACCACAUCCCAGCAUUCCCGCAUCUCAGAUCUCGGCGCUUGAAGCUCAGCAAAAUGAGAUUGUACGGCGGAUCUCCACGAGUUCCAGCGAGCAAGACAUCGAUGCCGCAAUCGUAGAAUUGGAUCAAGUAGUAGAAGCGUGUCCGAACUACGGCAGCGCCUACAUCAACCGCGCCAUGCUUCUCCGCAUGAAGCUAGAGUCGCAGCUUACUGCUGCACAAAAUAUCUUCUCCCACUCUACGAGCGACGUAGAGCCUCUUUUUACUGAUCUGUCUCGCGCGAUACACGUCUCGCUGCCUGCCUCUUCGCCAACAGCACCGGUAUCAACGUAUCAAGCCAAGAUACUUCGAACCGCAUAUUCGCAUCGCGCAUAUCUUUACCUAAAGGCAGCGGAGACAGGAACAGCUUUGCAAGGAUUGGAGAAGAGUGAUUUGGAAGAGCUGGCGAGCAAAGACUUUUCGGGUGCGGCGAGGUAUGGCGAUGAAGUGGCGCGAGAGAUGAGUGUAAGAACGAAUCCGUACGCGAAAAUGUGUGGAGCUAUUGUCAGGAAUGCACUAAAAGAAGAGAUGAAAUCGGAGACCUCAUGA